AUGGACGCCACGGAGAUCCACGCUGUGCAUUCGAUGCUGCAUUUGGUUUUCCAUCGCAAUAAGAACCAGCAUCAGCGCGCCAAGUGGUGGAAGUGGCUGUCGCUUUUGAAGCACACCACCCUGGAUCUGGCCCAAUCGCUCGAUGGAGCGCGUCUCAACGUAGCCGAAUCUCACCGCCAGCAUUUGGUUACACAUUUGAUUCCGAGAUGCUAUCUUGCCUUCACCACCGUCGUGGCCGACAAUCAAUUCUCUGCGCUCGGUAUCGUGCUCAUGGCUACUCUAGCGCGCAUUGUGAAGGCGGCAGGGAUCAAUUUGGGGCGGCCUACAGCGACCCGGACGAAGAAGAGCCUCCAAAAGACGACUACUAUUACACCUGUGGAGGACUUGGGUGAGCAGAUGCGCCGCGGGGAUGACAACCAGGGACAAGCUACGGGUCGCGCGCCCAGCGACCCUAGAGUUGACGGACAAAGGCAGUCGGCUGAGUCUACCGAUGGUCCUACCAAACGGACAACAAAGACCAAGACCAAAACCAAGAAACGGAAGAACGCCAUCGAUGACUUGUUCAGUGGUCUAUUAUAA